GGAGAAAAUAUUUUUUAAAUUUUUUUUGAGUUUUUUCCUCAAAAUAACGACAGCUAUGUCUGCUAUAGUUGAAAAUACGGAUGUAACUAAUGUCGUAGAAGGCCUACAAGAAUUGGCUUACCGGAUGGGAGACAAUGACUAUGGCUUUAAAGAGUCAGACAUCGAUAAUGUUGAUAACAUCAUGGAAGCAAUCAAAGAACUGGAAAGUGAGAGAAUGAAGGUUCAUGAGCUGCUAGAGAAAGAAACCAUCGACGCAAGUGUCCUGCGUCAUCAGCUACAGUUUCUACCUGGACAAAUUGCUAAACAGUUACAAGAUGCCAUUGAUACUGCCAGGGGUUCUAAUGCUGAGGAAGUGAACAAAUUGAAGAACCAGCUCCAAGGCAUCACAGAUAACAUCACAUUCCUCACAGAGAAACAUGUAGUUUUGGAGAAAGAAAAUGCAAUAUUGCAUCCAGAAAGAGAUAAAGUACGACGACAGCAUGAAGAAGUUAUAUCACAACUCAACCAGCGUAUGGCGGAGAAAGCAAGCAAACAGAUUGUAUUGAAUGAAACGAGGGAUAAGUUGAGAGAUACAAAUCAGAAGAUCGUUGAACUGGAAGAGGGGAUCAUACAGCUCAGAGAUGACCUUAUACAGGAAAGGGCUGAGGCCAGAAUGGAAAAGAAACGCUUGAAAAAGGCUGUGCAUGACACCACAAUCAAGACACAGGAGCAACGAGAGAUGAACCUCACCAAGAAGAAGGAAUUGAACACAAUACAAGAACAGCUUACUGAGAGUGAAUCAAAACUUGAUGCAGUUAGGAAAAAUAUCCGUCGUUAUGAGACAUCACGAUCACGUCUUGAGAACCAAGAGAGGGCGCUAGUGGCACAACUCAAUAGAGAACUCAAACAGAAUGUAGAUCUGCGGAAUAAAGGUCUGGACAUCAAGAAAGAAACUGCAUUGAACCAGGCGGAGUUUGAUCAGAAAAGAUCCGAACUAGAGCAGAACUUGUUGGAGCUUGAUGAGAAUAUUGCUAAAGAAGACAAGAAGGAGGUUGACAUGGAAAAUCAGAAAAUAGAGCUCAAGGAUGAUCUGGUUUAUGCCCUGGACCAAAAGAAAGAAGACAAACGGAAGGUUGAUGAGUUGAAUGAUAUAUUACAAGAAGCCAAGGAAGCUUUAGCUAAGAAAGCUGAAGAUUGUGCCAGAAUGCAAGAAGAUACGGCAGCCAUGGAGGAACAAAUCCUCAGCUUAGAUGAAACACACAAGGUGGUCGUGACGCAGUUGAACAAGCAGAUUGAGGAAUGUCGGGAACAUUUGAACAAAGAGAGGAAAGAACGAAUGGAUCUUCAACUUGAUCGAGAUGACGUUCAGAAAGAAAUUGAUGAUUAUCGCCAGGAAAAUCAAAAAUAUUUUAACGAUAUGACCAAGAAAAUAAAUGACAAUAAAGCGCGUCAUGAUCAGCUAUCACGGGAGAGCAACCACUUGUCUAGGACUAUACGCAAAGAUGAUGAAACAAUUACAACAUUACAGCGUGAGCUAAGUGCAGCGCGGAAGAAUUUCAACCGCAUGGAGAAAACACUAGAGGACAGGAUAAGCCUGUUAGAGAGUGAAAUUGCAGCUAUGGAGAAGGACAUUGAAAAGAAGCAAGGUUAUUUAGAAACCAAAACUCCAAUAUUUGAAAGUCUUGAGCAGAAAUAUGAGGAGCGAACUCAAGAUUUUGAAAAGAUGAAGAAGGACAUAGUUGUUCUAAAGAAUAAGAGAAUGGGACUUGAGGAAUCAACUAAAAGAACAAAAAAGUCUAUUGAGAAACUUUCUAACCCUCAGCUUGAGUAUAAUGCAGAACUUAAGGAGAAGCGCAAAGAAUCUCUGGAUCAGCUUAAACAACAGGCAGCUGACAGGAAGGCAAUAGAGGAGGAAAUAUACACUGUUGGUUGCAAACUGCGCACUGUCAUUGAAGAGAACAAUCGCUUUGUUGAAGCCAUUGAUGCCAUAGAGACAGAGAUUAAAGGUAUCCAUGCAGAGAUGGAUGAGACAGAACAACUUAAGGAGCAACUCAGUGAGCUUGCCCUUGAGAAUAAAGCUACACUUUCUGAAGGUUGGGACAAGGACCAUGCUAUGGACAAGGAAAUACAAGACAGGGAUUUAGCGUUGAGUGAACUGAUAGGUGACUUACUUGCCAAAACAGAGAAACGUGAAAGCAAGAUCUCCGGUAUAACAUCCCAGCUGAAGGAUGAGCUAUACCUGCUCUCAACCUUUCUAGAUAAUGUAUCAAGCAGGAGGCCCCCUGAGAGUCGUGUUCCAUCCAGACCAGCCACUAAGGCAUCCACAAGAUCUCGGGACUCUAAAGGUAAACCUAAAACAGCUGACACGAUCCAACCAACAAGGAAGAAGGACCCAAGGGACUACAUGCCUCUCCCUAUAAGUCCGGCCAAGAGCCCUAGAGAUCCAUAUGCUACCCCUCUCAGUGCUAACAUUUCACUAGACGAGACUAGAAAUGAUCUCCUUACCCCAUACACGCCAUUUAAAUCUAAGGAGCAAUAUUCUCUACCUAGUAGCCCUAUGAAAACAGUGCACGCAUCGAACAAACCUGUAUUAUUUAAAUCAGAUAAGGAGCCUCUGGGACCCAUUAGAAGUGCCUCUAACAGCCCCAGUUUGCCAACUACUCCAAGAAGUGGGAAGAAGUCUGUUGUGAUUGAGCUUCCUGUCCCAAAGAAAACUGAUGUGACAAUGUCAGAGAAUGAUGCUAUCCAUGUUGUUGCCAAUGUGAACCAAUCAAUCAAUUAAACCUCAACCGGAGCAUGUCAAUCAGAGCAUGUCAUAUCAGAGCAUGUCAAUCAGAGCAUGUCAUAUCAGAGCAUGACAUAUCAGAGCAUGUCAUAUCAACAGUGUCAUGAAAGGCCUUAUGUGUUUGAUAAUUUUCACUCUAGUCUUGCUGUUUUCAGUGUUUACAUUAAAAGCAUCAAUUGUGAUAGGUAAUUCCAUUCCAAACUUGUGUAAUGCCCCAUGGCCUAUUGGUUGAAUGAACUGUGCUUUAUUGUGCCUUGUCCUACAUGGAAUAUUGUGCCAACUGCCAACAGUUCACUUUUACAAAUUGUUCAGGGAUUUGAUUUGUACAGAACAUUGGCUUAGAUUAUAUUGGUCAAUAAGGGAUAUCUGCUCUCUUCAAAAGAUUGUAUUUCAAAUCUUGUAUUUUACUUGUAUAUUAUCAAUAAACACUUCAAGUGUUCUCUAGUCAUUGAUAUUAUCAACUAUUUUAUCAAGCAUUAUUGGUGUAAUGGUUAUAUUUGAAAUAGUAUAAAUAUAUGAACAUUUGUAUAUUUGCCAAAAAUUUGAGAAUAAAGUUUUCAAAC